AUGGCUGAUGAAGCACAGAACAAGGCCGACUGUGAACGUAUCUUUAAGCGCUUUGACGCCAAUGGCGAUGGAAAAAUCUCAUUGGCAGAGCUGGGAAAUGCACUGAAAGAACUUGGCUCUUCUUCUCAAGAUGAAGUAAAGUGUAGGAUGGCUGAGAUCGAUCUGGAUGGCGAUGGUUUCAUUUCAUUAGAAGAACUAUUCGAUUUCCAGCGUGCCAACCCGGAUUUGAUGAAGAUUGUUGUUAAGAAACUUUAA